UUGUGCAACUGUCGUGCAACGUACAAUAUACACUUCCGUUUUUAAUUUGUGUUUAACCUAGAACGAGUCUGGCGAAUUCAUUUUUCAACGCAAUUGAAUAUUUUCAUGAAGAUUUCAGUGAAAUAAUUAAACAUGAAAACUGCUCCCGAUCCAAAAGACAUACAGGAAUUUCAAUUUAAACAGUCGUGCAUAUCCCAAAUUUUAGAUGCAUAUACAACUGUGCCAAUUGCCUGCAGUCUUGUUACUGUAGACAAGAAGAGGGGUUUAUUAUAUGUAGGUCAAAAUAAUAAGAUCGUUGUAUUAAAACCUGGAGAAGACAGUGAUCCAGAAUGGAAAAUCGAACUGGAGACAACAGUAAUUAUUUGUAAAUUAAUACUUAACUGUGAUUGUUCCUACUUAGCAGUAGUACCACAAGGACCGUCUGUUUUAAUUUACGAUGUACAAGCCCUUAGCAAAACCAAUUUACGUUUAUUACACGAAAUCAGGAUUAGUACAUCGGGCAUGGAGGUCUUUGCAAACGAUGUACAUUGGAACCCAACUGUCCCAGGAAUGUUAUGUACAGUAGCUAGUGAUUACACAAUCGGUAGUUUCCAAAUAAAAGAUGAGAAGUCAAUAGAGUUGAAAGCUUUAGAAAGAUUAAAUGGACUAGAUGCCUUGAGCGCAGCUUGGAGUCCUAAAGGGAAACAAAUAGUUAUUGGUUGCAAAAAUGGAAGUAUUGUACAAUUGAAACCAGACUUGAAAGUAGCUAGAAUGUUUCCUGGUCCUACUCCAUACAUUGGAGAAGUUGUUUCCAUUUUAUGGAUCAGCAAUUAUCAGUUCUGUGCUGCUUACUUAGGUAGCGAACAGAGGAUCAAUGUUCUUAUAGUUGAUGCUCCUAAAGGCGAAACAAACGCCACUUUUACGUGUUACGAAGAUAUCACAUAUGGAUUAACAUAUACGGAAGGAGAAAGAAUGCCAACACGUUACUUCUUCGAUCAUGUGCCAGAAUGGGGUUUAAUUAUUGCUGCUAGUAGUAAUAGCAGUGAAAUUGCAGUAUUGGGAUCCACGGAUGGAGGUGCCACUUGGUAUCAAUGGCAACUAGUUGAUAGCCGCAGGGCUCAAUUGCCGUUUGUUCAUACUACGGAGAGUUACCCAGUAGGCUUAGCUAUAGAUAAAUCUCCUGUCAGAAAAUUACAAUGGGGAGCUGAUUCUAUUUUACCUAUUCCAGUUCCUAUACUACAUAUUCUGGCAACGUCCGGUCAACUCUGUAGUUUUCAUAUGGUGAAUUUGACACCCAAUUGUCCUUCUAUUAACAUUCCACCUACAGAAAUUGUUCUACCUCCACCGCAACAACAUUUCAAUCCCAUUUUGACAGACACAUCCCUUGUCAUGAAUGGUGUGAUAACAAGUACUCCACGUCCAAAGCAAAUGGAAAAUGUUUCCGAACGGCAGAAACCGGCUCCUACAAGAGAUAUCUUCGAGAAGAUGUCUCUUUUACAGCACCCACCUGAAAAACUACAGGAGCAAAAUGUCGAAACUUCAAACGUGGAAGUUAAGGUAGAACCACCCAAAGAAUCCCAUUCGCAGGAGCCUCUAAAACCGGAUAUUAAAUUGGCACCAGUUAAAAAAGCAGGUUCACAAGAUCCUGUGCAGGAGCAGAAAGCAACUAUUGAGGAUGAGACUAGAGAUAUUCGCGCUUAUAUAGAGGAACAUAAUUUAUUUGAAAAAGAAUUGCGCAACCGAUUGGAAUUACAAACUUGGGAUUGCGGCACAGAAGAGGAACGCCGAAAACUUGUAGAUACCUCUAAUAUAGUCGAUCAAUUUCUUAGAGAAUUGAGAGAUACGACGAACAGUUUAUCAAGCGAUAUCGCAUACUUAAAAGCAUUGCUGCUGCAAUCGUUUGCUUGGGUCGAGGAAACCAAAUCUAAAAAUUCAGCCAGCAUGGAUUUUACUACUAGAAAUUGUGGAGACAACAAUAAGAUAUCUGAUCUACAAAAACUAUAUUAUUAUACUCAAACGCAACUUGACCAGGCUAGUAAGAUCUUAGAUUUGGAAUGGUCUGAUCAUAAAAUUCAAGAAAAGUCGCGAAUGAAAAUUCCCCAUUUGGAGUGUGUGUAUCAGAAUCUUAUUCUGCAUAAUAAAAUCAUUCGGCAGGAAAAGAGCAAAGUAGAGCAACUGAAAAAACAGUGGAAAUUACUUACCCGUAAUAACAAUAUAUUUGGAUUGAAUCGUUCAUUAUCAAAUUUAAAUAUAACGUCGCCAAAAUCAUCGAUUUCUCUUCCAAGAAAUGCAGGAAUCAUAGAAGCACGUUGUAAAACUAUCGCAUCAAAAACAUUGAGUUUUACUCAAAGCAAGCAAAUUAAGCUGAGGGAAUAUUUAUCUAAUUCCACUCCUAGAAUUAUAAAACCUGUAAAUCCGUCACCGAUUCAACAUCGUUUGGAAGCAACUCUAUCUUCAUUGGCAUCGCUGAAUACUACACCCAUUGAGAUAAAAAACAAGAUAGAAUCACCUACCUCGAAACAAACUCCGGUUGCUAAACAGACCACCACUGAAAAGCCAAAACAACAAAGUCCUUUAGCUUCUCUGAAUAGCAUUGUUGCAAGAAUCGGUACGAAUGAAAUCAAUAAUGUACCAACGCAAAGUAAAUCACAGACAAAACAACCCGCUUAUACUGUGGCUUUCCCUGUUACAGCUGGAGCUAAACCCCUACAGACAGAGAAAAAGUCAAGUCCACCAGUGACUCUUGCCACAAAUCAAAUUAGUAAAUCAAACGAUAAUGUUACAUCAAGCCAAGCUAAUACUCUAAUUCUUAAUGUUCCAAGUUCGAUCAAGUCAUUCCCUAAAGUUGAUUCCAUCACGUUUGGUACACCAGGACAGAAGCCUGAAGAAACUAUUUUACAAAAAUUUACACCCAAAGAAUCUGGUACCAAACCUAGCAAAGAUAUUGUAUCGAGUAGUGAUCCUACAAAAGUACAAAGCAACUUAUUUAAUACCGGUACAUUGAAAGAUGUAUUGUCAACAGAUACAUCCUCGACAAAAGUACAGGAAAUCAAUUUGAAUACUUCGUUGAAAUUUGGGCUUGCAACGACAACGACGCCAAUUACAAAAACCGACGCUGCAGCCACAUUCAGCUUCGCUACUCCGAAUGCUGCAGCUGUAAUCGUUAAGAGCACUUCGCAAACUAUGAUGCCACAAUCAACGGUCGCACAAACAUUUUCUUUUGCUUCAAAACCAUCAACUCCUACAAGUUCAUUUAGCCUGAAAAUACCACAGACAGCAACAACAGCGCCUCAGACACAAGAUUCGUUGAAUUUAACUGGUUUAUUUACAGGGUUGCAGAGCAACAAUCAAACAUCUGUAUCUAGCAAUAAUAUGAAUGCCGAUUCAAAGUUCAAUUAUAAACCUACAUUUGGAACACCUGGCUGUCAAAUGGGCCUGUCAUUGGGGCAAAUGUCUAUUGGUCUGGCGAAUGAAACUCCUAGAUCAAAAACUAUUACAGUCGCUCCCUCGGUUACUAUUGAAAAAGUUGCUUCUGCAGAAUCGAAAGCUCCUACUUUUCCUAGUUCUGUGGAAGCUGUACCUGCAACUACUGCUACUACCACCAUUACUACUCCUUCAUUGUUUGGAGAUCAAUCUGGCACAUCAAAUGUUUCUAUAUUUGGUGGGAUGUCGAGUUCUACCACGCCAACCACAUCAACCGUUGCUGCUACAAUCAGUGGCACAGGCUUUGGCAGUCAAACUGUAACAACAAUGCCUAUGUCGAUAUUUGGUGACUUUAAAACCACUCCCACAACUAGUACAGCUACGGUUACAACAACAUCCAGUACUGCCUCUUCGUUUCAAACUUCUCUACCACAACCCACUUUUGGAGAGGCUGCCACAAAUUUGUCCCCUGCAAAUGCUGCCAGCGUUAACAGCAGCAGUACUCCAUCUACAUUGACCUUUGACACCGCGACAACAACCUCUGUUACUUCACCGUUUGGGAAACCAUCUGCUCUCGCAAUGAACACUCAAUUUCCAAAUACACCAACCGUUUCUUCUGCAGCAAACACCUUUGGAAAACCAAUUAUCAGCCCUGCUUCCAUACCUUUUGGAAGUUUUACGAAUACAUCUAUAUUCGGCGGUGUGCCAACUACUUCAACGAAUACUUCAAUCUUUAGCGGAAGUAACACUAAUUCCAUUUUUGGUGGAAACACUCAAGCGUCGCCUUCUGGUUCCAUCUUUGGAGGAAAUGCAUCUACAAUGAACAACUUUAGUACGCCUCCGAAAUCUCUUUUCGACAAUAACGCUCAAAAAUCUGGUUUAAUAUUUGAUGGAACUCAGAACACUGAGUUCGCAUGUAGACAGGCAGUACAUUUGCAGACAGGUAAUAUAUUUGGAGGUAGUACUUCCUCGAUGGGCAUGGAACAACCUGUACUAGGUGCACAAUCCGGUUUUGGACAAGCACCUGCGUUUGGUUCCAAGCCAGUAUUUGGGUCAGCACCAUCAUUUGGUUCCUCGAAGCCAAUUUUUGGUGAUACAUUUGGAGCAGUAGCGUUUGGAGCUACUGCAUCUCCUCCAGCUUUCGGAAGCCCACCGCCAAUGAGCAGCCCUCCACCAAUAGAUAACAACGUAUCUAAAGUUUUUGGAACCGUAGGAGGUAAUAGUACGUUUGAAUCUUUGGCUACUCAAUCAGGCGGGCUCACUUUUAGUAGUUUAGCCCAAAAGAGUCCAGAAGCAGAAAGACCUCCGUCGUUCAGCGGUGGAAGCUCUUUCUCGAGUUGGCGGUAGUAUAUCAAUAUCUAGGUUGAACACAACAGUCAAAAUUUCCAUACAAACUAUUCUUUUAAUGAAAGAAUCUCAACAUCCCAAUCAAUUAAAAUCAUGUAUUUAUAAUGUCUUGUUAUUAGUAACGUGGCAAACGAUGAUGAUUUUAAAACCAUCUUUCAGAAUUGUAUUAUACAAACAUAGAAUGUGAUUUAGUUUAUUUCGGAUUUAUUUACAAGAAACGAAUAUUGUAUAAAACAUUCUACCGUUAUAUAAAAAUAUCAUUAGAUACCUCUC